AUGAUACCUGGACAAAAAUUGAUGACUGUGGAAAAUGCUCACGCGACAGAACCACGCGAUUUACCAGAAUCCGGCCGAAGGAGCUGCUGUGACUAUGAGGUGUCGUUACAAGCACGACAGUCCAUGCCAACUGCACAGAGCAAAUCCACACAGAACAGACAGAAGCGUGAUGUGGGCGAUGUUGUCGUCCUAACCAAAUACGUUGCCGAAAUGUUUCUUUGGUUGGAUUACGUUAUUUACACCAGGUUUCUGGAAACAGCGGGAAACAACGAAACAGAGGCAGAUCUUAAUAUUGUGACAUUUGCAAUUGGCAUUAUGAAUGAGGUUGACACUAGAGCUCGUAACCUUCAAACACAGGCCAUGGAAAUGGGAAUUAGUAAUGCAGCAGACUUCGACCUCAGCGUCAUGUUGACCGAGCUAGUGGUUUGUAAGACCUCUACCUUUUGUGUAUGGUCGGAAUCUCCAGAUUACAAUAUCAACGGCGUGUUACAAACAAAUGCACUACUUGCUUUCAUAGCUACACUCAUAUUAUACAAAAAGACAAACUACGACUUCGCUGUAGGAUUAACUGGUAUUGGAAUGAUCGCCGACGUGUCUGAUCCUGGUUGUAAUGAGGAUAAUUUCCUUAGUUCUACUGACUGGUCACCUGGAACCUCUGAUAAGGCGUCACAUCCCUUCCGAUGGUCCAACUGUACCAUCACUCGAAUCUACGCAAGUGCUCAAACAACUACAACCACCUCACCCACAACUACAACAAAAACAACAACACCAACAACUACAACCCCCAUAGCAACAACUACUACACCCACAACGCCGACAACUUCUCCCACACCGUCUACACCUUCUCUUACAUCACCGAAAACUACCACAACAAUACCAUCAACUACUACAAUUAUACCAACUUUUAGAUCUACAACUACUACACCUACAACUACCACAUUUACACGUUCAACUACUUCAACACCGACCAAUUCACCUUCACCUACCACAACCACGCCGCAAUUUCUUUCUACGACGAAAUUAAACACACCAAAAACUACAACCACAACAAAAAUCCCAGUGGUAACGAGUAUCACACCACCACGACCAACUAAAACUUCGACAAGUACUUACUCGGUACCUUUAUCCUCAUCCCUAGUUACAGUACCGUAUAACCCGAUAACCCUUGUACCUAGAAACUUGCCGAUAUUAGUUAAUCGUGUGUCAUCUUCAUUAUCUGCCUCUCACAUGGGUAGUUAUACAGAAACAGAGAUAUUUACGAGGUAA